AGUUGACAAAAAAAAAAACUAAUCAUAGAAAAAAAUAAAAAAAUAAAAAGGAUAGAAAAAUGAGGAAUCAAUGAAUAUGAUAAGUAUAUAAGCAAGUAUCAAAACACCACUCUCUCCACGAAGCUUCGCGGAAGCUGCCAUGGCUUCCCAUCUCCUCUCCCCAUUUAAUACCAUCCUUCCUCGCUCUUUCCUCCUCACACCAACAACAUAUCAUCUCCUCUCUCUUUCAUCUUCUCCACCAUGAAGCUCGCCACUAGCCUCAGCUCCAAGUUCCUCCGCCUCAGCCCCAAACAUCUCUUCCGCCGCUCCAAGUCCACCAAGUCCUCCGUCUCAAGAUCCGAGCCUUCUUCCUUCAGCUCCGGUGCUUCCUCCUCCUCCUCCUCCGAAGGCUCCUACAACAACAACCUCAAGCCAGGUCCCGCCUCCACUCCCAUCAGUGUCCUCCCCGUAGAUCAUCAAGAUUUUUACUCCGAGCUGAUCCAAGCCUUUAAACUCAUAGACCGUGACGACGACGGUGUGGUUUCAAGAAGAGACCUAGCUGCGUUGCUUAGCAGGCUCAGCCCUGAGCCUCCAAGUCAAGAAGAGGUUACUCUGAUGCUUCAAGAAGUUGUUGUUGAUGGAGGAGACAAUGGUUGUAUCAGCCUCGAGGAGCUUGCUAGCCGCGUGGCAGGAACCUCCUCCUAUGAUGAAGGCUCUGUUGUUGAGAUGAGAGAGGUGUUUGAGUUUUUUGACGUGGAUCACGACGGGAAGAUAUCUGCGGAGGAGUUGCAUAGGGUUUUUGGUGUUAUUGGAGAUGAACGGUGCACGUUAGAAGAGUGUGUGCGUAUGAUAGCGACUGUUGAUGGGAACGGUGACGGUUUUGUUUGUUUUGAUGACUUUUGCCGCAUGAUGGCCAUGAAUGAUCAUCAUUGA